AUGCCUACCACCGCAAACAUGGGCCCAGCUUUGUCUGAAGACUGUCUGGCGGAAGUGGAGGAACCUCCGGAACAAGUCGCAAGCCAAAUACUGUCACAGUUCCGCUGGUCGCCACCCAACAUCCGCUCCGAAUACACCAAAGCUACACCCCACACCACACAACGGAGAGAAUCAUUGUUGACGCGUCAACUUCACUCCGAGACCGAACACACCGAAGACGAUGAGCCGAGGUCGCCCGUUCGCGCAUUGAGCAAACAGACGACAUGGAGCAGCUUUAGUAUGCCCUCCACCGCUGAGCUCACUUCCGAUGAUGGUCACAGCAUCCCAAGCACUGCCGGUAGUCCGCCGCUGCCACCGUCGCACACCAGACACGUUCUGCCUAUUCCAGAGGAACCUCUCGAGCAAGACGUCCAGAUUGUCGGACAGAUCAACGUUGCGCCGAUUCCAGACAAGACCGAGCAGAAGGUGGAGGCGAACCUCGGGCGAAAGCGAUGUAUCAGCUUCGCGUGUCGCGGAAAAGAGGAAAGCAAGCCCGUCCAACCCCCACCCGAACCGGUAAAGAUGCCUGAACCCGCCUCUCCACCCAAACGGAAAUGCACUCUCAAAUUCGUGUGCCCGUUGCGAGGAGAAGCCACCAACAAAGCAGCCGACAACCCUCCCACCAAGCGCUCUCCCAGCCCUGCGCCAAAAGAAUCUAAGCCGUCGUCUGAUCUGAGACAUCGCGGCUCCGACAGCACCAUCGUCCACGCAUCACCACGCUCACCCCGUAAGACCGUCGCAGAGGCCAGCAAGGAGGACACUCCGCAGCCCAUUGCCAUCCGCAGUCGAAGGUUCUCCAACGAUGAGUCUGGCGAGGAGGACAAGGGCGAUGAAAGCACAAGAUUCCAUGCCUUUGCAACGAGCGAGGAGGAGCCGGAAAAUUGGACUCAGCUAUCAACAUGUUAUCGCACUCGAUUGACUGUUGACGAUACCCUCAAGAAGGAGAACGUCAUUCGAAAGACUUGUGAGGAGGUGGAAGAGGAAGUCCUCGAAGAAGAGGAGGAGGAGGAAGAAGAGGAGCUGCAGGAGGAGUUGGCGAACGUGGAGGAUGAUGAUGGAACCGGGGUAGCCGACGAAGACUAUGACACGGACGAAGGCUUCCACUCCGACGACGAAGGUGGCUUCGCCAGCUCCGAUUCGGACAGUGGGGACGAGAGCGAUUUUGAAUGGUGGAAGCCGGGUGGCUCAUCGACGGCCGCAACAUCGAUGGACCAACUCGACCGCCUUGCCAUCAUCACCGCACAGCCCGCCGCCGUCGGCACGUCGAUUGGAUCGGGUAGCGAUAGUCCCACCUCGCCGCGUUCGCCGAGGCCCAUGAUGCGCAAGACGCCCUCGAGGGCAAGUGCUCAAACGCCCGCCGUGACGAUCAAACGUUCCGCUUCGCCCAAUCUCCCCGACACCUCCGACUUCGUGUGUGGCACGUUGGACGAAGACAGGUCGUUGGAGGAGGAGUUCAUCAACCGUCGCAAACAGAAGCAGGCUGCCAAACUCCCCUUCAGACCUCAGGACAUCGACCCCAGCUUCCCGACCUCCGAUCCCGAGAUGGACGAGGAAGACGACGACAGUGACGACGAACCUCCCCAAACCGAGGACGCAGAGGACAUGAUGCACGGAAAGCUCGACGAGAUCCACGGCGCCGGGACGGUGCGAAGGAGAUCGCCUGUCCGCCGAAGCAGAACAAGAAGCAACUCCGCUCGUUCCCCACCGCCUCGUGCGGUCCGUCACCCCUCCCCAGCACCACUCAAACGUCGUCCAACACUCCAAUCCCCACCACCGCCUGCGCCUCGACGCAGCAUCGCACGCUCUCCCGCACCACCACGCAAGCUCUUCGGCCGUUCACCCAACAGGGCGAAGUCACCGGCGCGCAUGAACCGCAUGACAUCGCCGCCAAACUCCCCCACCACCCGCUCUACCCAACGUCCUCGCGCCGCUCCAGGUCUCGCCAGUCGACCCCAACCCACUCAUACCUCGUCGCUCCCCCGCCGCCCCUUCGCCAUCGGCAAAGGCAAGCUUGCCACCAUCAUCGACAACGAGAACGAGAGCGACGAGGGCACAUCCACCCCCGACUCCACCGCCAUCCCCAAGCGCGGCGCCAUCGACAUCGUGAAGGGGCUGGAGAAGAAGCGCGCGUGGCGCAAGAAGAAGCUCGCGCAGAAAAUGUGCGCCAAGAACGCCACCAAGGGCGAGAAGCCUUACAAGGUCAAGCCGGGCACUGGUGCGGAGCGCAUGCGUGAGGUUGGCCUGCAGUUGCAGGAGUAUCAUGGCAAGGCAGAGCAUAUCCUUUCUUUGUGA